AUGACUAGUAGAAGUAGUCUACGUCUAGCCAUUGAAGGAGUUCAACCGCCGGAGGAUCAGAGGAAAGUCCUAAUUGAUACUUUUGGUCAUACUUGGGGAUGGAACAUUGUUCCUUCAGAGGCUGCUCUAUCCGUUAUUGACAAUUAUUUUGAUGGUCGUCCUGUUAAGAUUGUAGGUUAUGAAGUCCUUUGCACUACGCAUGUUAGAAGUCAAGCUAAUCAGUGGGCCAACUACACAUAUAAGGCAUGUGUUGUAUUUAGGGGGUUAAUGCUGACACGACUUGUGGUGCUUGUCGUGAGAAUAUCUAUCACGCUUCGAUUGAUGAAGUUAUUGGUUUCCAUUCGUGUGCACAUUUCUGCCACAAGAGAUGCAUCUUUAGAUAUAUCGUUGUAG